ACAAAACAAAACAAAACAACUCUCUCUCUCUCUCUCUCUCUCUCUCUCAAGCAAGAGAGCAGCUAUGGCUGCUCCUACAACCCCAAAUGAAGAAAAUGAGUUCAGAAGAGGGCCAUGGACUCUUGAGGAAGACAAUCUGCUUAUACAUUACAUCGUGAACCACGGCGAAGGCCAUUGGAAUUCUGUAGCAAAACUUGCAGGAUUGAAGAGGACCGGAAAAAGCUGCAGAUUGAGAUGGCUAAAUUACUUAAAACCCGACAUUAAGCGCGGGAACCUUACUCCGCAAGAACAGCUCAUGAUCCUUGAACUCCACUCCAAGUGGGGUAACAGGUGGUCUAAAAUUGCGCAGCAUUUGCCGGGAAGAACAGACAAUGAGAUAAAGAACUAUUGGAGAACAAGGGUGCAAAAACAGGCGCGCCAACUGAACAUCGAGUCGAACAGCGAGCAAUUUCUCGAUGCAGUUCGGGGUUUCUGGGUGCCGACUCUGCUGCAAAAAAUGGAGCAAUCUUCUUCUUCUUGUUCUUCAACCUUGAGCACUUCUCAGAACUCCGCAUCUCCUUGUCUGUCACCAAAUCACGCAGCUCCUUCCGUGCCACUCUCAACCUCUCCACCUAGCAAUGCGACAAACGUGUUGGACAAUUAUCACAUUAGUGGAAAUUCCAAUCUUGCCACCGUCCCAAGUAAUAUCCUUUCGGCGGAUUCUUUUGUUUCACACGUGCCUCAAAUGGCAGAACCGUCCACGAGUUUUCCCCCUGCAUAUUACCGACUUGGCUACAGCAGCUUAAGUCCAGAUGGCAGUCACUACGUGGACAGCAGUAGCUAUGACGUGGAGGGUCUCAGCCUGGACCCUGUUUCGGCAAUGGGCAAUCUUGGCAAUUCACAGUUUGAUUGCCAGAUGGGGGGAAAUGAUUGGAUGUUGGACAAUGUGACUGACAGUUUAUGGAACAUGGAUGGGCCGUGACAACCUAGAAAGUUAGAAGAUUUUCAGGGGAUUAUUCUGAGUUGAAGAUGUUAAGGGGUUAUGGGAUGUAUGGUUGUUCACAAACUGUAUUUUCUACAAGUAAUGUAAUUUGAUGCUGUUUGAACCUUA